UCCGGGUUUUCACGGCCCGCGCGGGCCGACGAAAAAAAAAGAGUAGGGAGCUCCCUACUACGAAUCUAACUGUGCCAGUUUCGUUCAGAGGCCUUUCCAAAAUCUCUCCACCAAUUCCGUCAUGUCUUUCUUUCACUCAUCUGUUCAAGAGGGUCCCUCAUUUAUCACACAUGAAUUCCUGACUGUGUGCACUUACCAGGCCGAAGCAGAGUGGCUGCAAAGAUUACGAGCAAAUCCUUUCCACCCUCGCUGUGGACGUGCAAAAAUAACAGACGCGUUUCGCCGAGAUCCGCCUUCAGGAACGGCGUUGGAGUAGCGAGAGAGAGCCUCCGAGCAACGAACUGAGCUCAGGGGAGGCUAUAGGCUAAUGUGUGUAACUGUACAUGUGUACGCCCGAGUCUUCGUCCGUCUGUAUGCGGCUGUUCUCUACCUCCUUCCCCAGGCCUCCCUACUACAACACGCGACGCUGCAUUUCACGCUUGGGACGAUCCUCAGUUGGUUCGCAUGUGUAUACGCGGAUGUGGCGCGAGUCGUGGCUAGGAAUGACGGCGGUGCUGGGAUUAGACCUCUAAUAUUGUGAGCGUAGCACUCCAAUCUACUCUAUCUGCAGCCCUCUGGUGCGAUCUUGUUUGCGAGGCGGGUAAUGUCUCGUAGUACUCAUGGCCGAAGAGGGUGAAUCCGUUCUUGACCCGUUCAGAGGACGCUUGUGGCAGUGCUCAAGAAACAAC